AUGAAAGGAGGGGAGGGGGCGAGUGAUGGACGUGUAUACUUUUUGAGUUUGAGAGCUACGAUCCCCUUCUCCGAGCGUCCAACGUUGGUGGCUUUCUUUUUUUUUCUUUUGUUUUUGUUAUUUUGCUGCGUAGGGGUGAAAACAGUAUACAUCCGUAUAUAUUCAGGAGGGUAG